AUGGCUGCAACAACAACAGCAAAACAAUCUCAUAUUUCUCUUUCGCUUCCACUAAUGCUCCUCUUCAAACAGGCACAACCUAGUGUCCUUUUACUCAAAUUUCCCACCCGAUUGGCAGGCUCCGAUUCCCAUUUUUCUCGUAUCCACCGCCAAUACUGAUGAUAGUUACCAUCACCGACGCCAAUGUUGUUGUUAGCCUAAAAGACGAUAAAAUUCAGGCAAAAAAAAACAAAGUAUAAGACAUUGAAUACCAUUCAAUUAAUGGCAACGAACACUGCUGCUGCUCAGCUCAAAGUUCAAGUGCAAUCCAUCAAGCAAAAACGCCGCAAGUGUAAAGAAACCACCAUUUCUUCCUCCGCCGCUACAAACAACUGCUCCGACUCCACUCUUUCUGCCCUUGUUUCCCCUGCUCCGCCACCUCCCCCGCCUUCUCCUCCUCCGCUUCCACGGCAAGCUCCUGGUGUUCCCGACCUGGGCUCAAACGAUUCUUUGUCUAGUUUCAAGAUCCGAUAUUGUCCUGGUAGGGUAUCUCCCGUCAUGGACUUCACGGGCGGGACGAUGCUCUCCAACGGCCACUCUCCGUGGAGUUUCACUAAGUUCAACUCCGCCCUCACGGCGGGUCUUUUAAACCCGAUGUCCCCGCCGCCUCCGGCGGACAAGACACGCUCCAGUCCGACCCUUUUCGAAAUGAUGGGCAACGAACCCGAUAUCCACUCGAGUAACCAAACCCAAAGUCAACCUCAGAUCCAACUACCCAAUUCAGCUCCAAGACAAAACCAACCCCCGUUUGUCGUCGAUAAGCAGGCAUUGACCAUGCAACGAAUUUCGGAUCUUUUGUCGACCCGAAGCCCAGGGAACCAGUUUAACGACCCGAAUUCGAGUGAUAUAAAACUGACAUUGAGCUCCAAAGAUGGGAUUAGUGUGUCGAUGAACGUGCACAGGCAAAUACUGGCGGCUCACAGUAGGUUUUUUGCGGUGAAGUUAUCGGACCCGUCACCAGAGAUGAAUGAAUCAGGUGACCCGUAUAGCCUGGAAAUAGCGGAUUGUGAUGACGUUGAGGUUUAUAUAGCGACUUUGAGGUUGAUGUAUUGCAAAGAUUUGAGGAAGAUUUUAAUGAGAGAGGACGUUUCCAGUGUUCUUCGAAUUUUGAAGGUUUCAGCGGCAAUUGGAUUUGAUGCUGGGGUUCUUUCAUGUUUGGAGUACUUGGAAGCAGCGCCGUGGACAGAGGACGAAGAAGAGAAAGUAACUUCGUUAUUGGCUGAGCUCCGCCUCGAAAAUGUUGGAGCUGGGGAAGUUUUGAAGAGGGUAUCCGUUGAAGUUACUAAUGGAGUCAAUGGUGGAGAUAAUGAACGAGUGCUUCUCAAGCUUUUUCAUCUGGUUCUUCAGGGCAAAGACGAGAAAGCACGGCGCGAAAUGAAAGAAUUGGUCUUGAAGAUGCUUCGUGAGAAUCCCUCACAAAACGAUCUCCGAAGAGAGUCGUUAUACGCCGCUUGUGACGGCUGCCUGGAACUGCUUCGACACCAUUUUCUCCGAGCAGCUUCAUCGGAUUUGCCGGAUGUGAAUCAGAUUGCAAGACAAGCUGAUAAUCUGCACUGGAUCCUCGACAUUUUGGUCGAUAGGCAGAUUGCUGAGGAUUUUCUAAAAUCAUGGGCUUCUCAAUCUGAAUUAUCCGAGUCUCAUUCUAAAGUUACACCUAUCCAUCGGUUUGAGGUCAGCAGAGUUACCGCACGGCUAUUUGUCGGUAUCGGAAAGGGGCAGCUAUUGGCAUCAAAGGAAGUUAGGUACUUGCUUUUACAGACAUGGUUGGUGCCAUUUUACGACGAUUUCAGGUGGAUGAUGAGGCGAGCAUCAAAAGGGCUCGAUCGACAUUUAAUCGAGGAUGGUCUCAGUAACACAAUUCUUACAUUGCCGUUGGCAUUGCAGCAGGAUAUUUUCCUUGCAUGGCUUGAUAGAUUCUUGAACUCUAGUGAAGAUUGUCCAAAUAUUCAGAGAGGUUUUGAAGUUUGGUGGAGGAGAGCUUUCUGGCGAUGAAGUGAUCAACGACAUCGAAGUUCAAGAUAUUUCAUCAACUCCGGCCAUAAAUUGAUGUUAAUCUUUCUUCACAGACAGAUUUAUGUCUGGAAAAGGACAGCAUCCUCGUAGAUUUUCUUAGUGGUUUUGUUUUUCCUUGUUUUGGAGGG